AUGUUGUCGUUUUGCCCCAACUGCUCCAACAUGUUGUUGAUCCGCCAGGGGGAGGACGGAUGUAACCAGUUCUACUGCGCCACUUGUCCGUACGAGUUCAAAAUCAACGGGUUCCAGAUGUUUGACAGAAAGGACUUGGCCAGAAAGGAAGUCGAUGAUGUAUUGGGAGGAGAAGGUUUCUGGGAUAACGUGGACCAAACCGCAGCACAGUGUCCUAGAGACAGCUGUGGAGGCACAAAGGCAUAUUUCUACCAGUUGCAAAUCCGUUCUGCGGAUGAGCCUAUGACUACGUUCUACAAGUGUGUGAAAUGUGGAGAGAAGUGGAGAGAAAACUAG